AUUUCAGCUCGAGUUCGAAGAUGGUUUGUUGGGUGUUUUCCUAUUUCUUUCAUUCUUGGUGUCGGAAUCAGGAAAUAUAUGUCUGCUGUACACUGUCUGUAAAAAGAAUCUGAACAGUACUACAGGAAAUUGGUUGAAAGCGUUGACUGUUUGUAAUAAUUUCAUUGGACUUUUUUUGGUUCUGCCACCCUGUAUUACUAUGCUACACAAAACUUGGCUGGAAUAUAAAGUACUGUGUCAAUUCCAAGGUUUUUUAGGAAAUGUAUUCCUUACAACGACAUCACUUCUACUGUUGUGCCACUCUAUAGAAAGAUAUGCUGCUGUGGCUAGAUGUCGCUACGAUCGUCUUAAAUCAGUUUUUGGCCGACUGUUAAUCGGAAUGUUUUUAUUGUCAGGAGCUGUGCUAAGUGUUUUGUUCAUAAAGAGAGAUCCCAUCUACUUUGCACCCGGAUUGUUCAGUUGCGACAUUAUCAAAGAUGAAAUGUCAUUUGUAAUUGGAAUACUGACUACAGUUGGUCCGUGCUUUUGCUGUAUUCUGCUGUCAAUUUUUGCUGUAUGGAAAGUUUACAUUCACCAUAGAAUCGAACCCAUAAAUAUGCACCGACCCACAACUACAGAAAAUAUGUUUGGCGUGAGGUCAUCAAAUAAUGUGCAUCAACCUUGCAGGUUUUCAGUUAAUCACUUGUCUGAAAUGACAGCUUUGGGAAACUUAAGAAGAUCAACGAAGGCAUUAUCUAUCCUUCAGGUAAUUUUAGCGACGUUGAUCGUAACAUCAUUUAUGCUGAAAAAUAUUUCCCGCUCAACGAAUGCAGGAGAAGAUGAAUUCCUGCGAAUUAGUUUAUUUCUAACGGGCGUUGCAAGCUUACUACAGCCAAGCAUUUUGUUAUUGAUGAGUAAACCAAUGCGAAGACAAGUGUUGGAGCUCUUGUUUCGUCAACAUAGAAUCGCAGUAGCUUCCAGGGAAUCAUUCCGAAUAAUACAGCCUACCAUACAACCUAGGGAUGAGCCGAUAUCAUCAGUUCAAAUACCAAAUUUCCUGAUACAAGAACAAGAAAUGAAUAUCCACGUUCAUGUAGUUCCAAAUGAUAAUGUUAUUGAUUCCAAAAGAGAGUCUAUCGUGUCUUCCUUCUCGUGUGAAAUCCAAAUGGAAACGGCAACACCUCGAAAAGAUCUUAAUCAAUUUGCAUUAAGAAGAAAUGUCGAAAAUGGGAUAUCAGUAAGAAGUUCCAUUACAAGCAGUUCGGAAUCUGUUUUUGUGCGUAUUGGAUCUGGAUGGCCUGCUUCAUCCCCAAGUAUUGUCCUGUCUGACAAUAGGUCAAUGAUAAAAAGCCGAAUUUCUCUUGGGUCGGUCACAAUUGGAAGCACAUCGCGAUAUGGGUCAACAGAUUCUGCAGACAGCUUUUGUGUAAGACGUCAAACAUUGCCGCCUUUAAGCUACAACUUGUCAUUGGUUCAUAAAAUAUUACCACAGGCUUGGGUAUCAGAACAAUGUAACAAAAACAGUCCAUUAAAAAGAAGACACACUUUACAUAGCAGAUCAACACGUUUAGGCGAAAAUUCUCAAUCAUUGCUUACACCGAUUGAAAAUGCUGGUUCGUUAGAAUGUUCACCAAGAAUAAGUACACAUUCAAAUUCAACUACGAGGCGUCAUUCAAUUCGAGCAAGCAGGGUGGCAUCUUGUCUAGGCAAAUUACAGGAAUUUGCUUCAAACGACAGUCUCUUUGAAACAGUACAAUAA